GAAUGUAAACAAUGUAAGAUGAAUCUUGAUCCUCUUAAUCAACUUUGAUUAACACUAAGAGACUACCAGUUGAUUAUCAUCAAUAAUUUGUAAUUACUUGUGUGUGUCUCAUUUUAUCCUUUCAGUGAUUAACAAAUGAUAUUCUGAGGCCACUGCCGAGAGAUUCAAAUCUAAUCAUGAUCAUCAUUUUAAUGAAGAUGCUCAUUGACGAUCCUUUUGAUUUAAAGUUUCACCUUAACCAAUAUAAUCAUCAUUUACCAUGAUCAACAUUCAGAAUUGUGAUUGAAAUUAUAAUCUUUUCCGUGUUAAUUGUAAUUAAAUCUUAUUGUUUUACUGAAACUUGUUGAGCUCAAAGUGUUUAACUGUGAUCUUGUCAACAUUUUGUGAAUAUUUAAUUUUAAAACACUCAAUUGGAUAUCUUAUUGUUAACAAUACGUAAUUAAAAAUGGAAUUGAUUAAAUUCGUUAAGACAAAUAAAUAUAAAAUCUUUAAAACUUUAUUAACUUAUUUGACCUUCGCUGGUCUUGGAGGGGUCAACACUUUGAUGGGCAGUUCGUUACUCGAUCUUCAGAUUAAAGUUCAAACCUCAUUUUCGACAGUCUCGAAACUUGUUCCAGCUCGUGCAAUCGGCUAUGUACUUGGAGCUUCAUCUUGUGGUCUCUAUGAGAAACGUAUAGAUGAUUAUCUAAUCCUUUCAAUAUCUAAUUUUAUUGCUGGUCUUUUCCUAAUUCUUGCUCCAUGGUUCAAUAUUAUCGAAUUGAUAUUUGCAAGUAUUAUCAUCUCUGGAUUUGCCCAAGGGGUUUUCGAUAUCUACUGUAAUGUGAUCAUCUUAAGGAUUUGGGGUAAACAUGGAGUCAAUUGGCUUCAGGUUCUUCAUAUGUGUUUCGGUGUCGGUGCUUUGAUUACACCGAUUUUUACUCGACCUUUUCUAUUACCUAACACAGAAUCUGAUGAUACAACUGUAAUUCUAGCAAAUGGCACCAGCGUCAAUUCAACCCAAACUUCUCAAUAUACACCUGAAGAUGUAAAAGUUCAAUAUUCAUUCAUGAUUGUUGGUGGAAUGCUGUUUAUCGUUUCAAUUCCAUUCUUUUUCUGUUACUUACAUGAUCGAAAGACAAACAGUGAAAACUCAGCUGAACCAGAAGCUGAAGAAAUUCAAUCAAAUGCAAGCACAACCAAGAAGGUUUGUGCAGUUAUAAUGACCGGAAUUCUCGCUAAUUUCGCAUUUGGAACUGAAGCUGUAGUGGGUAAUUUGUGUACUGCAUUCGCGGUUAAAGCUGAUAUAAAGAUGGACAAAAAGACGGCGGUUUUAAUAGCGACAGUAUUUUGGUCCAUGUUUUCAUUUUAUCGAUUAAUCUUUAUUCCAAUGACCUUAUUUAUCAAGGAAGGUCGUCUCUUUGUGUUGAAUCUUUUCAUAAUACUCGCUGGUACCUUUGUUUUAGUACCAAAAGCGGCAUCUCAAUCAACAUUCACUUGGAUUGCAUUUAUUUUACUUGGAAUUGGAUAUUCACCAGUAUUUUCAAUCUCUUAUGGAUCAUUGGGAAAAUACUUUCCAAUCACAAACGCAAUGACUUCUUAUAUCUUUGUCAAUGGUGUUAUUGGUGAAACCAUUCACACUACAAUUUUAUCAAAAUUCAUUGAAACUAAACCGAUAAUUUUUACUUAUUAUCUUGGGGCAAUGUCCAUUCUUUAUGUGAUAAUUAGUUAGCUCUUCCUUAUUAUUGUAAAAAAGUGAUUGGUAAGCCCAAACCUAAAGAAACCAACGAAAUGAAAAAGUUUUAAUAUCUAAUUUUAUCCUAAUCAAAGACCAAACAAUCAAAGGUUAACAAUUAACCAAAGAGAAAGUGAUCAAACAAUUAUCAUAAUAUUAUUUUCAAUGUAUCUAGUUUUUAGUGAUUAUUUAACUGGAACAAUCAUAAACUAUAUUAUCAAUUAAUAAAAUUAUACUACUAUUAAUAAUCAACAAACAA